UAAAAAAACUUAUCAAAGAAUUAAAAGAUGAUAGUGUUAAUAAAGAUUUAAUAUUUCCCCCUCAGUUAUCUGAAGAUAGUUAUACUUAUCUUUAUAAAGAAAUAGUUAAAGCUGAAGCUAAUAAUGAUAUUGCAAGUCAAAAGCUUUUAAACUGCUACUUUCAUUUCGGUAAAAAAUUAUCUGAUCGCUUGAAUUAUUAUAAAAACGAAAAAAAAUAUCGAGAUCGUAAGGCUCAAAGUAAAGUAGAUAAAGAAGUAAAAGACCAACUACCUAAAGAGGUUAAUGAUACUACACGUUGGAAACAAACAGAAAGAGCUAAAAAAAUAUAUGAACUUUUCAUUGAAAUCGGUAUUGAUAAAAUGGAACGGGUUAAAUCUUAUUCGGCUCUAACUAUUUCAAAAUUAAGUUGGGAGAGCAUCGACUAUAUU